AUGGCUGCUCCUACGCAACUUGCUUUCUACGCGAGUGGAUGGAUGUUUGCUGAUAGUCGCACAGUCCGCACGCUCAAGGGCAUUAGCAUCAUGGAUGCCGCCCCCGUCUACCAGCCCCUUUCUGGGUUCGAGAAACCAGAGGGCAACCUUCGCUGCAGCGCCUACUCGCCGUGUGGCCGGUACUUCGCGUGGGCAUCACCCGAGAAGGUUACCAUUAUUGACCCUUCCGUGGGCCUUGUCGUUGGCACUAUCCCCGCCGAAAACGUGUUUGAGUUGGGAUUCUCGCCACUCGGCACCUACGUGAUCACCUGGCAGCGCACAUCCAAGGACGAGAAUGGAGACGCCGUCAAGAACUUGAAGGUGUGGCGUGCCAUUGAGGACGGAGACAACCACUCAGUUGUGGGAAGUUUCGUCCAGAAGUCGCAGACCGGUUGGAACUUGCAGUACACUUCCGAUGAGAAGCUGUGCGCCCGCACCGUGACUAACGAGGUUCAGUUCUACCAGAGCGAUAACCUGUCCACUGUUUGGAACAAGUUGCGCGUGGAAGGAGUGGCGGACUUUGCGUUGUCGCCUGGUCAGACUCAGUCUAUCGCUGUGUUCAUUCCUGAGCGCAAGGGCCAGCCCGCCCAGGUUAAGGUGUUCAUUGUGCCCCAGUUCACUGCGCCCGUGUCCCAGAAGAGCUUCUUCAAGGGCGAUAAGGUCCAGCUCAAGUGGAACGCUUCUGGAACUACUUUGAUCGUGCUUGCGCAGACUGAGGUCGACCGCACUGGCAAGAGCUACUACGGCGAGACUACCCUGUACUUGCUGAGCGCCAGCGGUGCAUUUGACUCGCGCAUUGAUCUUGACAAGGAGGGUCCUAUUCACGACGUUAGCUGGAACCCUAACUCGAAGGAAUUCGGUGUUGUGUACGGCUACAUGCCCGCUAAGACGACCAUCUUCAACUUCCGCGGUGUGCCCAAGCACAACUUCCCCCUUGCGCCGCGCAACACCAUCCAGUUCUCGCCCCACGGCCGCUUCGUGCUGGUUGCCGGUUUUGGUAACCUGGCAGGACAGAUGGACCUCUACGACAUGGACAAGAACUACCACAAGAUCACCACCGUCGAGGCCUCUAACGCCAGCGUGUGCGCUUGGUCGCCCGACGGACAGUACAUCCUGACCGCAACGACCAGCCCCCGCCUACGUGUCGACAACGGCGUGCGUAUCUGGCACGUUACCGGCGGUCUCACCUACAACGAGGAUAUGACUGAGCUUUACGAUGUCACCUGGCGGCCCCAGAGCAUCGAGCAGCACCCAUUGGGCGACCCGCUCACCAAGGUGCCUGCUCCCCACCCCUCUGCCAUUGCCUACAUGGGUACGCGCAAGGCCCCCCGUGAGGACGAAGGCGGUGCCGCCUUUGUCCGCGACGGCGUGCCCGGCGCCAGCAUGAACACCUUCGGUAAACCCCGCCGUCGUGAAGUCCCCGGCGCCGAGCCCUCGGAGGAGUACCUGCCUCCUGGAGCUGCGCCCGGCGGCGGUGUUGCCCUGCCUUCUGAGAAUUUGUCCAAGUCCGCGGCGAAGAACAAAAAGAAGCGCGAAGCCGCCAAGAAGGCUAAGGAGGAUGGAACUGAUAACGCUCCUCCUGCCAACGCCCCAACUGGGCCCAGCCCAGACCGCAACCGUAACCGCGGCAAGAACACCGCCGCGAAUGGAACCGGUGCAGCCAAGUCUUCUGCUACCCCCACUCCUGCUCCUGUCGCUGCUCCCGCGCCUGCUGAGGACCCCUCUGCCCAGGAUAAGAAGAUUCGCGGCCUGUUGAAGAAGAUCCGCGCCAUUGACGAGCUUAAGAUGCGUCUUGCCGGUGGUGAGAAGCUGGAAGAUACGCAGAUGAAGAAGAUCCAGACCGAGGAUGCGGUGCGGAAAGAGCUUCAGGCUGUUGGCUAUGAUGGUUAA